GGAAGAAGACAGACAAAACCCACGACCGAAUCCAUCUCUCUUUCCCAGCAGACAAAUUAUACGUUUAAUCUUCUGGGAAAUUUUGGAACUUUUCUUGGUUGCCUUUUUGGUUUGCACCAAAUUAUUCCUCUUUGUUGUUGGUUGGUGAGGUUAAAGAUGUUGGUGGCGAACAGUUUUGAUCUGUGGCAAAAAGAUGCCUUCUUUUCUGCGGCUGAGGAGGUCCAAGAAUCAGCUGAUAUAAUGGAAUCAGCAUACAGGACAUGGGUCAGAGAGAGGAGAGAGAGACCAUCACUGGACAAUCUUGAUGAGCUCUCCAGAGAGCUGCAAACUGCUUUAGGUACUGCGAAAUGGCAGUUAGAAGAGUUUGAGAGGGCUGUCAGAUUGAGCUAUGGGCAUCGCAGCGAUGAUAAUUCAACAGCCAGACAUAGUCAAUUUAUUGCAGCCAUUGGAAGUCAAAUUUCCCGUGUUGAAGCAACAUUGAGAGAAUCAUUUCUUGAAGAAGGAAAGCUACCUCUAAGAUGGGUAAAUCUGGAUGAAGAGGAACGUGAUGAUUUAGCCGCAUUUCUCUCUGGGACACCCCAAAUCACACAAAGUGCCAAGGACGAAUGUGUAGAUGUCAGACCUUCCACAAAAAGCAGCAGCGAGGAAAGUCAUUUUUGGAGUAGAGAUACAGAUCUUCACUCUAGUGCUGCUAGCAAAAGAAAUACUCUUGAUGAAAUAGUUUGUGUUAAAGAUGAAUCUCCUAUGCACAAGAAUGUGAAUUAUGCAAUGGAACUGGAAGGAAAGGAAAUUUUGGGAUCAAGGGAUGACAUUAUUGGUCAAGCAGACAGAACAACUAAUAGUAGAAGAACGUGGAGUACACCGAAUUUUGGUGCUUUGAAGAUAGUAAUCGCUGAUGAAGAUGAUGUACAGAGAAAUAAAUCAAUAUCAGGACUUGAGAAUACACCUAAAGAAAAGGGCUCAAAAUUUGUUUUCUGGAAGAAAAGGUGUGGAGAACUUUCCCGGACGACUGGAACAGUUAAUUUGUUCAACCAGCUUUUCAGUCGGGUCAGUGGAUCUCAAAGGCAAUUGCAUAACCCACCACGCAUGCAAUAUGGAUGUUCUCUACAAGUUACACUUGCCUUGAUGCUAACUAUAUUUUUGAUUGUACCGUUUCUACUAUUUUCAAAUUGAGAUCAACCUGGUCUUCAAUCAUCGGAUAGAGAUAAAAGGAACAUGGAAUUCAAGUUAGGUUUGAUUUUAGCCAUGUGACACGGCUAUUACGGGGCUUUUCGAGCCGGCAAAAACUACGGCGUGCCAGAAAGUCCAAGAGUGAGAGAGGCAACCAUUUUAAAGUAUUGUUUUAAGAUAUCCCGGUGCCCAAAAAUUGUAAAUGCAUUCAAAUAUAGUUUCCAAGAAUGUUUCUCAAUGUAGACAAUCAUAUUUGGUUUGAGCUCCAAACAUCAAACGUGCAGUAUGAUUGUCAAAUUAUUGUGCUAGGAGCCAAAUCUGGCCCACAUUACCUAC